AUGGCUAAUAUAUGCUUUCGGUGCUUUAUAUCAAACAAAAAUGCUAGCGAUCACGACCUUUUAUAUUUUGACAGAUACUUUUUGAGCGAUUAUAUUUGUGAUAACAAAUGUGAAGGUAAAAAUGAAAAAGACAGAAAUAACGAUAAUAUGGAAAAUUAUUGCUAUGAGAAAAAUGCAUGCAAAGCAAAUUCUUAUUAUCUAGAUAAUAAUAUGGAACAAUUUCUUCAAUAUCUUAAUACAGAAAAUGAAAAUAUGCAAAAUGAGUUUGAAAAUCCAUAUCAAAAGGCUUAUAUAAAUUUGUAUUUGUGUAAGCUGUGUAAUGGGUUACACAAUAUAGAUUUAAUAAUGUUAUACAAUAAAAAGAGUCAUUUUCAUAAUGAUUUAAUGAAAAAUAAACCUACAUUGGGUGUAAAAGAAAGAAAACAAAUUAUUCAAAAUAUUAAUAAUGCUAUAAAUGUUGCUCAUAAUCUUUUAAAUAAUGUUGACAUAAUAUUAUUUUUCUUAUAUUUAUAUAUAGGAAAAGAUAUUAAAAGUAUACAAGAUUUCACCUUAGAAUCAUUUCAAAAAAUUUAUGAAAAAAUAAAAGAUCAUAUUAUUAUAAAAACAAAAAUAAAAGAUAAUACAGUCAGAAAUAAUAUAUGCAUAUCCUUUACUUAUACUUUAAUUUAUGUUUAUUUAACAUUCUAUAAAAAAGUAUUUACACUAUUAGACUUGAACGAUAAUAUGAUCAAAUUUAUUACCAGCCUGUAUAAAAAUUGCACAUUAGUUUUUAACAUAUAUUCCUUCGAUUAUAAUAAUACAAUUAAGGAUAUCCAUCACGAAAAGAUUAACAAUGACCACAGAAAUAAUAAUGUUAAUAAUUCCAAUAAUCACAACAUUGACAAUAACGCUAAAACAGUCUGCCUCAAUGGUAGUAGCGAUGAUGAAAACGUUGAUAACAAAUUUAAUGCAAAAAAAAAAAAAAUAGUAAAUGAUAUCAAUCAAAAAAUAAAUGUUUUUAAUAUUUUAAAUGAAAAUUAUCCUUUAUUAGAUUAUCAUACUGAAGAUAUAAAUAAUUUAAUACAAAAUGAUGACAUGAAGACAAACUGCUCUGAUGUAAAUUUAAAUUUCAAUAUAGAUAUAUAUGUUUCUAUUAAUAAUUUAUGUAUUUUUGGAUAUUAUAAUAAAUAUAAUAAAAAUUGUUCUCAAACAAAAUGGUUAAUAAAUAAUUCAUCUGUAUCUCAAAUAUCAGUAGAGGAAUGUAUUUAUGAAAUUUUUGCAAAAAUAUUUCCAUCUUCCACAUUUACAUUUAUGGCUGCUGGGAGAGAAGAUAAAGAUGUCAGAAUGAUGAAUAUAGGUCGACCUUUUCUUUUUACUUUAAAAGAAACAAAGUUUUCUUUUUUAAAUUUUUAUUUAUUUUUUAUUAAACUUAAUAACAUAGAAUCACACAACACUAUUAAUAUAUUUCAACGGAAAACUGUUCAAGAAUUAUUUCAUUUGCUAAAGCAUUAUAACAAAAAAGGAAAUAAUUCGCUGAAUCAAGUUACACAUCAAAAAAAUAUUAUAACUCCACCAGUAAACCAUAUUAAUACAUGUUAUGCAUUAUUGAGUAGAAAAAAUACUGUAUAUUUAUACGACCUUGAUAUUGGAAACAUCUUAGCAGAAAAAUCAAAGGAUAUAUUUUUGCAAGAUAAAAAUAUAGCAAAUUUACAUAUAAAUACUAAUUAUAACGAUGAAAUUGAAGUGUUACUAUCUGAGGAAAUUAUUAAAAAGAAUAAUACCACAAAUAUUGACAAAAACGAUAACAUAAAUCACAUUGCAAAUGAUGAAGAAAAGGUUGACCCCAAUUAUAAUGCACAGUUUGAUAGUAAUGUUUUUUCCCACAAAGCUAAUAAUACUAAAGAUAAAAAAAUUAUGAAUGAUAAUGCUCACAUGUUAAAUGAUAAAUCCUCUUACAAUAUUAGCAAUUUAGUGGAUGUAAAAUUCAGUAAUAUUGCUUUUAGUACAAAUUAUGAAUUAAUUAAAAAGGUUAUGAAAUUUGGAAAGGAUAGGAAAAAAGCAUACAAAUGUAUCAUAUAUCAUUCGUGUGUAAUGACUAAAGAAAAAAUAACCGAAAUUAAUAAACAAGUAUUAAAUUAUGAAAACUGUAACGAUUGUGUAUUAAAUAUUAUCCAAAAAACACCAAUAAGAGUACUUCAUAGAAGAGGUUUAAUUAAUAGAAAAAGAAAAAUAUAUGAAUUUAAAUUAGUUUUUAUUCACAAACAUUUUUCUUUGUUAUAUUUAUUAGCUGAAUCAGGUACUUAUAUAAAAGAAUUUGUUAAUAGUGAUAGAGGCAGAACAUUCCCAAGUGUUAAAUAUUUCUUUGAAGAUAAUGCAUUCGUUAAUAUUUUAAAUUUGGAUGUUUCAAAGUUUGUAUACGAUUUUAACAAUAAUUAG